AUGCACGUGUCCCGCCCGCCACCUCCACUCCUGUGGUGGCCGGGGACGUGUGUGCCCCUCCACCUUCUGACCCACCACUGGGCCCUCAAAGACGUCCUUUCUGAUGGAGCUGGCGGAGGUGAACGGAGCAGUGCAUUGCGUGGGGCUUGUCUCGAGACGGCGGCCGAGCAGCGGGCCCUGGUGCUCUCCGGGGAGAACCGAGGGAGCUGGACACGCACUGGAUGCCCUUUGGCAGGAGGGCUGACCGCCCCAGAGGACGGUGAGCCGACCCCGCUCAGUUGUUUGGAGAGGGUCCCCUUCAAGCAGCUCUGCGAGCCCCUUUAA